AUGGAUACACUAUUCUCUGGACCAGAGAUUUACAAACAGCAUUUCAAUCCAAAAGAUUAUUAUGAUUCAUACUAUGCUUCAGACAAAGGAGCAUUGCUAGGAGAACGGACUAAUAUUGUACUAAGGAAUUUUCAUGAAAUCUUCUCUUCAGGUAAUCUACUAGACUGUGAAUAAUCUUUAACCCCUUAAGGACCAAACUUCUGGAAUAAAAGGGAAUCAUGACAUGUCACACAUGUCAUGUGUCCUUAAGGGGUUAAAUAAAACAAUUUAAAUAGAUAAAAGGUGAAUGUGUUAAAAAAGGACUAUUUUGUAAUUUUUCUCAAUCCAUUUACUAGCAUAAAAAGGUGCUACUGUUUUUUCAGCGAUUCUCUCUAUUUGCCCUUUAAAUAGUGUUCUCCUUGAUAUAUUUACUAGACUAGAAGUGGAAAAGGUAAAUCCACAGAUAUAAUGGAACGAUAAUUCACAUGAUAGUUUGUCAGUCUUUAAAUAUGACGAACAUCACGACAGUAGUUUUUGCCAAAUUGCACAAGAGAUGGAGUUGUAUCAAGAUACUGAAUUGGAAGCUAAAGCCAAUUGUGAGCAUCAACAACCCACAUACUUGUUAGUUAUCUGAUCAUUGCAAUGAUCCUCCACGGUUGCCAUAUCUCUUGUGUAGAGAGAACUUGUUACCAUUUCAGUUCUGGACUACCCUUAUGGAUGGGAUUGGUCUGAUAUGCCUUGGAACUGGUUCUCUCUGUAAUGGCAGAAGUGAGCAAAAACUAUUUUAAGACGUUAGCGGGGAUUUACCAAAGGGCAAGCUGUUGAUUUCUCUAAGCUUUUGUCCAUUCUCAGAGUUCUCGUAUUCCCUGUUUUUGUUGCAAUGCAUUAGCUUGGCUCUCUCCAAGUUCAAAAGGGUAAUCCAGACCUGGACCCUGUCCUCACUGUGCGUAAAGGGGUAUCAGCUACACCUCGCUGCUGAAGCCUAAAGAAGGCAAAAAUGAUCGUCCUGAGGUUGCUGUAUCUCCCAUGCAGAAAGAACUUGCCGGCAUUUCAGUUUUGGACUGCCCUUUAUGGUGGGAUCAGUCUGAUUUAGGUUCACUCUAUAUUAGCACAAGUGAGCAAAUACUAUUUUGAAACCUGAGCCGGAAUGUACCGAAGGGAAAGAUACUGAGUUUCUCUAAGUUUUUGUCCGUUUUUAUAUUCCCUGUACUUGUUUAUUAUAACCUUAAAUAUUUUUGUUUAACUAUAAUAAAAAAAUCUAGUCUUUUUUGAAAAGUUUCAGUAUCAAAGACAAAAAGCAAAGAGCAUCAAAGGAUUCACAAAUCUAAACUUACUGAAACCACUAUGGCUCCAGAUGAGUUCAUGUGAUGGACCAGAAAACCUCUUCUUAAAAUAAAUCAAUGCCCAAACCAGUAGGUUAAACAAUUAACAGCAAUGUCAGGGUAUUGGGAAUAAAUUACCGGAAAUAUAUAAACGUUGAGGGAAAUUGUCAUGUGUAUGAUAAUGUUUUGUGCGGAUCAAAUCAGAUGUUCAUUAUGUGUCUUACCAUGUAAAGAUUAAUGCAAAUUAUGUUUUUUUUUCUAUGUUAUCUGUGGACCAGUAAUAUAACUUACAUACAAAUAAGAGCUUCUCCAUAAUUAAUAUCCAUUUCUGUUCUCCAGUGCUAAUUAAUAAAAAACAUCCUGUUUUUGUAAUGUUCCUAUAGAAAAAUGUUUUGAUAAAUCUUUAAUAAUAUAUAUUUUAUCUUAAAAGGAGUUGUUAAAGGAAACACACUGAUUGAUAUUGGUGCUGGAUCAGCAAUCUUUGAACUGCUCUCAGCUUGUGAAGUCUUUACCAAUAUUAUCAUUUCCGACUUCUUGGAGCAAAAUCUCACCGAAGUAAAGAAAUGGCUGACGAAGGACUCCAAUAUGUUGGACUGGACCUCAUAUGUAAAGUUUGUUUGUGAUCUAGAAGGGAAAAGGUACGAUCAAUCCAAUAAUGAAGAUUUAUUAAGAACAUUUUUGUAAUGAAGAAGAAUGUAGUUUGAUACUAAUGCUAGGAGGUAAUACGUUUAUGGCGCACAUUCAAGUGUGGAGCCAAAAGUCACAAAUAAAAAGGCUAAGUGAGGAUUAUUUUUGUAAUGAAGAAGAAUGUAGUUUGAUACUUAUGCUAGGAGGUAACAUGUUUAUGGCACAGAUAUGAGUGUGAGCCAAAACUCACAAGCAAAAAAGGCUAAGUGAAAUUGUAAUUGAACAUCCCUCAAAUGAUAUGCAAACAUAACCCUAGAGAAUAUAUUUGUAAUAAAAUAUUCUAUAUUUUAUAAAAAUUUGCUUCCCUUCCAAACAUAAUGAGGUUUAUUUAUUAAACAAAUUGCUAAGUUUAUGGAAAAAGUGCUGAUUUAAAAAAAAAAAUAUCCAACUCAGCUAGAGUCACACCAUGGGUAUUUUAGCCCUAAAUUUAGUAAUUGAGUUUCAGGUAACUAUUAUGCAAUAUUUUGUUAAUAAAUGCCAAUGUGAGCCCUGCAUUACUAUUUUUAUUCUUUGGCGUAUUUGUUAUGGGUUGUAGAGUAUGCAACUAUAACUCGAGAGCAUCAAAGGAUUCACAGAUCUAAAAUUACUGAAACCACUAAGGCUCGAGAUGAGUUCAUGUGAUGGACCAGAAAAUCUCUUCUUCAAAUAAAUCAAUGCCCAAACCAGUAGGUUAAACAAUUAACAGCACUGUCAGGGGAUUGGACAUCAAAUAUAGGAAAUAUUAAUACAAAUUUUGAGGGAAAAUUGUCAUGUGUAUGAUAAUGUUUUGUGCGGAUCAAAUUAGAUGUUCAUUAUGUGUCUUACUAUGUAAAGAUUAAUGCAUGUUAUGUUUUUUUUCUAUGUUAUCUGUGGAUCAGUAAUAUAAUUUACAUAUAAGUCAGAGCUGUUUCAUAAUUAAUAUCAAUUUCUCUUCUCCAGUGCUAAUUUGCAGGAGAAGGAAGAAAAACUCCGCAAAACUGUGAAGCAAGUUGUGAAAUGUGACGUACUGAAGAAGAAUCCAUUCGAGCCACUUGUUAUUCCACCAGCUGAUUGUCUAAUAAGUUGUUUCUGCUUAGAAACUGCAUGUAAGGAUGUGGCAUCCUAUUGUAACACCCUGAAAAACUUUAAGGACUUGCUCAAACCAGGAGGCCAUAUCAUAAUGCAGAGUGCAGAAAAUGGUACAUUUUAUCAUGUCAGGGAAAAAAAGUUUUAUUGCUUGACUAUAACAAAGAAAGAAAUUGAGAAGGCUUUCAUAGAAGCUGGUUAUGAAAUUGUGAAAUUAGAAGUGAAACAACGUAAGGAUAAGUCUAGGUUAGACAUCUAUGAUUACCACAGCUUGUACUGCGUCCAUGCCCGUAAGCCAUGCAGUCUAUAA